UCCUUCUCCUCUUCUCCCUUCAGUCUUUAACUCUUGUGGACAUAGGAAAGAUGCUGCUUCACGGUCUGCUGGUUCUGCUGGGAGUCCUGGUGCUCUGCAAAGGUCAGGAUGAUAGUGGUGAGAAUGAGGCCUGCGAUAACUUCACUGACCUUAACCUGUCCCACUGCCUGAUGGGUACCAGCCUGUAUGUGCGGCUGCUCCUCUACACCCGCUCUAACCUGGACUGCGGCCGUGAAAUCAACCACCACAACCUGUCCUCACAGCCGCUGUUUGACCUCUCACGCCCCACUGCCUUUGUUAUCCACGGGUACAGGCCUACUGGAGCGCCCCCUAUCUGGAUCAACCACCUGGUUAACCUGAUGGCAGAGCAGGAGGACAUGAAUGUUAUUGUAGUGGACUGGAACAGGGGGGCAGCUAAUCUGAACUAUUUCACCGCCGUGAUUUACACCAGGGAGGCUGCACACAAUCUCACAGGCUUCAUCAUGAACAUGGAGGAAGAAGGAGCCUCUCUGAGUUCUGUUCACCUGAUAGGCGUCAGUCUGGGGGCUCACCUGGCCGGAUUUGUGGGCGCAAACCUGAAGGGAAAGAUCGGACGCAUCACAGGUCUGGACCCAGCAGGACCGAUGUUCACCAGUGCUACACCUGACCAGAGGCUGGACCCGUCAGAUGCCAUGUUUGUGGAUGUACUUCACACAGACAUGAACUCAUUUGGCUUAAGUGGAGCUCACGGUCACAUUGACUUUUACGCCAACGGUGGAGCAGAUCAACCAGGGUGUCCCAGAACCAUCUUUGCAGGUAAAUCAUAUUUUGUGUGUGACCACCAGCGCUCUGUCCUCCUGUUCUUGUGUGCUCUGAACCGGACCUGCAGCCUCACUGGUUACCCCUGUUCAUCCUACAGUGACUUCCUGGAUGGAAGGUGUGUGCAGUGUGAUGCCUUCAGACCGGCCUCGUGUCCCGUGCUUGGUUAUGAUGUCAGCCAGUGGAGGGAGACACUUCUGCAACUGGGACAAACCCAAGUCUUCUUCAGCACCACAGCCUCACUGCCCUACAGGAAGCUGAGCUACAGAGUGGACAUAGUCACCUGGAACCAGUACUUGCGCUGGGGCACCAUCUACAUCAAACUAUACAGCGGCAGAAACUUCACUGAAGCUCGGGUCGACCAUAAACUGUUCCGCUUGGAGCAGUACACCUCCACCCGUCUGCUGGCGCAGUUUGAUGAAGAUCUGCAGAACAUCCAGAAAAUCUCACUGCGCAUCAACACCGGGAACAUAAUCGGACUCCGGUACAAAAUCAGGCUGCUGCGAAUCCGCUUCACACCACUGGAACAUCCUGACAGGCCUUUAAUGUGUCGCCAUGACAUCAUCAUGGAGGAAAACCGGGAGGUGGUGUUCAGACCGUUACCCUGUGACUCUCACCUGUGACCUCUGACCUAGGAACACUAUUCUCCAUCUACAAAAAAAACCCCAUCUUACCUCACCUGUAAUCCUGCUGCAGGACCCACAGUGCUCUGGGUUUCCUGGGCCCAAGUGAAUGUCCAGGAGUUAGGGCACCCCCCAGUGGAGGAGCUGAAGCAUCUUUGUUAGCUGAUGAAGCUGCUGUGUCUGAAAUGUUCUAUUACAUCCUCUGCAUUUUUUUAUACACAUGAUCACCUAAAGGAACCUCAACAUAACGUGACAUUUCACUUCCUAGUACAUGUGAAGGAAGGAGGAAACAAAUGAAAACAUUAAAUGUUUUAUUUAUAUAGUCUUGACUGGUAGAGAAACGAGCAUCACUACCGCUAAUUUCAGGCCAUGUUGAAGAACAAAGACGCUGAAGAACAAGUUUACGCAGUUGUUAAU